UCAUGGGGCCCCCGGGCAAUAGGGGAUCAUGGGGCCCCUGUGUCCUUGCCCAAACUAAAAAAAGCCUAUGAAAAAGGUACCAGGGGCAUCUCAUGGGGCCCCCUACUGACCCCGGGCCCUCGGGCAGUGCCCGAGUUUCCAAAUGGUCAGUCCGCCCCUGUCCGACCCUGACUGUGACAUACUGAAGCAGAGCAUGAUCCCCUCCCUCUGGAGACUGGGCUGCAGGGCAGUAUUCCAACAUGAUAACGACCCCAAACACACCUCCAAGAUGACCACUGCCUUGCUAAAGAAGCUGAGG